GCUUUUUGUUGAACAUAAAUAUUAAAAUUAUUAUAUUAAAUGUAAUGAAAUUAAUAAACAAAUAAUGCGAUUAGUAAGGAAAGCAUUGAAUUGGUAUGCACGACUUGCGCCAAGCCGUGGAAAAGUUUCUCCACCAUAUGAACAUGUCGUACAGAUAGGAGAUCCAACAUUACGUAAAGUUUCUGAAGAUGUGCCCUUAGAUAAACUAAGUUCCCAGGAAGUGCAACAAGUUAUUAAGAAAUUGCAAUUUGUGCUUAGUAAAUACGGAAGUGUCGGCAUGUCUGCACCACAAAUAGGUAUAAAUUUGAGGAUAUUUGCCAUACAAUACACCUCGAAACAAUUAGAUGCUACACCAAGCAAAGCCAUCAAAUCUACGGGAAUGUCUACAAUACCAUUUACUGUGUUCAUAAAUCCAAAAUUGAAAGUGCUCGACUACCAAAAGCUAGUACACCAGGAAGGAUGUGAAAGUGUGCAAGGAUAUUCUGCUGAGGUAGCUCGCUUUAAGGAGAUUGAGAUCACAGCUCACAACGAAAAAGGGGAGAUUAUCUCAACAAAAUUUAAAAAUUGGCCAGCUAGGAUAGUUCAGCAUGAAAUAGAUCAUCUAAAUGGCAAAUUGUUCACAGACAUCAUGGACAGAAAAACAUUAAUAUGCUCUUGUUGGGAAGAAGUGAAUCUAUCUAAGGGAAAGGUUGUUAUUCCGUUUUAUCCUGAUUAAAUUAGUAUUAAAUUAAAUUAGCAA